AUGAUUCUUCUCAAAUUUCCUCUUUUUAUCAAGCAUAUGCAUUCAGCUUUCUCUAUGAAAGAGCUAGAGUCUCUUUUUUACUUUCCUGAAAUUGCUGUUCAUCACAUUGUUUUGGGUCUUUUUCUGUCUCAGUACAAAUAUGCCUCUGAUAUUCUGGCUAAAGCUGGUAUGCUAAACUGUAAAGCCUAUAAUUCUUCUAUGGCCACCAAGUCUAGUUCUUCCUCUGAGACCUCUGUUGCUUUUUCCCAGCCCUCUCUCUAUUGCAGUAUAGUGGGUGCCUUGCAAUACCUUACGCUUACUCAGCCUGACCUCUCUUAUGCUGUUAAUUGUGCUUGCCAGUUCAUGCAUGCUUCCACAGUAACCCAUUUCAAUGUUGUCAAACAACUGCUCCGAUAUCUUCAGGGUACCUUAUCUUAUGGUUUGGUUUUUACUCCUGGUCCAUUGACUCUUCAUGCCUAUUCCGACUCUAAUUGGGCUGGUAGUGUCCUUGAUAGGAAGUACACUACUGGAUAUUGUGUUUUUUUGGGUCCUAACUUGAUCUCUUGGGCUACUAAAAAGCAGUGUACCGUCUCUCGAUCCUCCACUCAGGCAAAGUACUGCACCCUUGCUCAUACUAUUUCUGAAUUGACCUGGCUUCGCAUGCUUCUCCGUGAGAUUCAUGUUCCCUCUAUCUCUCCUCCUCUGUUAUGGUGUGACAAUUUAUCUGCAAUUUCUCUUGCCUCUAACCCGGUGUUCCAUGCUCGCUCUAAGCUUAUUGAUGUCGACUAUCACUUUAUCCGAGAUCAGGUUAUGGCUAAGCAGGUUGUGGUCAAGCAUGUGUCUUCCUCUGAUCAGGUUGCUGACAUCCUCACCAAACCUCUCCCUGAUGCUCGCUUUUCUUUCCUUCAAGACAAGCUUAUGGUUCGUCCCUCACCCAUUUGCUUGAGGGGGCCUGAUGAGAUUCAUACUAAAACAGAUCAAAUCAAACUAAUAGAACACUGUAACAAAGGUGAAGAAGAGGUGUAG